CGGCCGACAAGCAUUCUACCUCUUUCUCCUCUUCCUCUCCACCGUCGCAUAACUCCCAAUCCCACCGGCGCCAUGAGCUUCCCCUGGUCAUCGCCACCAUGUUUAUGGCAUACAUUCCUUCGUCCGUCCACUCACAAGCGACACGACAGGGCAAAGUCGCCGAGCUUCGCUUCGAGCUGAAUAGCGGCGGCAAGAAGGACAAGCACUACACUGCCAAGAAGAUCGCGCUUAAGAAGAUCGUCGCCAACAUGACCAUGAGCAAUAACGAUAUGGUUGCGCUGUUCCCGGACGUUGUCGGCUGCAUGACAAUCCCGAACCUUGAGAUCAAGAAGAUGUGCUUCCUCUUCUUGGUCAACUACGCGCGGAUGCGCCCCGACGUGGCGGUGAAAGCCAUUCCGGUCCUGCAACAUGAUAUGGAAGAUCCAAAUCCCCUAGUCCGGGCGCUGGCGCUGCGAACCAUGUCUUACAUCCACGUGCGAGAAUUCGUCGAGGCGACCGUACCGAUCGUCAAGCACCUGUUGCGCGACCCGGAUCCGUACGUACGCAAGACGGCUGCGUACACCGUUGCGAAGCUCUACGACCACGACAGGCAUGUCGUUGAGAAGUCAGACCUGAUCGACAGGCUAAACAGUCUUCUCAGGGACGACAACCCCACCGUGGUGGCCAGCGCGCUGGCGGGCUUGAUGGAUAUCUGGGAAAGGAGCGACGACAUCAAGCUCACCAUCGAUUACAGCAACGCUUCCAAGAUGGUGGCUAUCCUCCCCGAUUGCUCCGAAUGGGGUCAGACAUACAUCUUGGAGGCCCUCAUGUCCUACGUGCCACAGGAAGCCGGAGAGGCAGCCCUUCUCGCCGAGCGCAUUGCGCCCCGGCUCUCCCACUCGAACUCGGCGGUCGUGCUCACAUGCAUCCGCGUGAUCCUCUACCUGAUGAACUACAUCUCCGACCAGAAGCAGAUAUCCGCCUUGUGCCGGAAGUUGUCGCCACCGCUCGUGACGCUGCUCGCCAAGGGGCCCGAAGUGCAGUACCUCGCGCUCCGGAACGCGCUACUAAUCCUCCAGAGGCGGCCCGAGGUGCUUCGGAAUGACAUUCGCGUCUUCUUCUGCAAAUACAACGACCCCAUCUACGUCAAAGUCACCAAGCUCGAGCUCAUCUUUAUGCUGGCCAAUGAGAAGAACAUUGACGAGGUGCUCACCGAGCUCCGCGAGUACGCGACAGAGAUCGAUGUCCACUUCGUGCGGAAGGCGGUCCGUGCCAUCGGCAAGCUGGCCAUCAAGAUCGAGCCUGCCGCGAGGCGCUGCAUCAACCUGCUCCUGGAACUCGUCGCUACCAAGGUCACAUACAUCGUGCAGGAGGCGACGGUAGUGAUCCGCAACAUCUUCCGCAAAUACCCCAACCAGUACGAGAGCAUCAUCGGUACGCUGUGCGAACACCUUGACUCGCUAGAUGAGCCCGAGGCCAAGGCGGCCAUGGUGUGGGUCAUUGGCCAGUACGCCAGCCGAAUCGAGAACUCGGAUGCUCUCCUCGAGGAUUUCCUGUUUUCCUUCGCCGAGGAGCCCGUCGAGGUGCAGCUGGCCCUGCUGACCGCCACGGUGAAGCUAUUCAUCCAGCGGCCGACCAAGGGCCAAGAGCUGGUCCCCAAGGUUCUGAAAUGGGCCACCGAGGAGACCGACAACCCGGACCUGCGCGACCGGGCCUACAUGUACUGGCGGCUGCUCUCGACCGACAUGGAGGCGGCCAAGCGGGUCGUCAUGGGCGAGAAGCCCGCCAUCACGGCCGAGUCGGAGCGCCUCGACCCGGUCACGCUCGAGGAAAUGUGCCUCAACGUCGGCACGCUCGCCACAGUUUACCUUAAGCCCGUGCAGACCGUCUUCCGCAACGCCCGCGCGCGCCGACUGCAGGACUCGCCCUGCCUGCAGCGACAGGAGGCCCCCGCGCCCGCGGGGCUCCGGUCCGACGCGAGCAAGAGCCUCAGCCAACUCGGCAAGGGCGGCCAGCCGGCGGACUUUGAUCCCCGCACGGAUAGAGGCCAAGCACAGAACGCGAAUGGCAAUGCCAACCUCGCGCAGGCGGUCAGCGACGCCGACGCGUACUUUGCCUCACAGAUGCGCGGGAUGCAGAUCCAGGAGCAAGGGGACAGCUUCGGCGGGAAUGGCGGAGAGGGACCGGGCUAUGUGGUCAAUCAGUAUGCGCCGCAGACGGUGUACCAGCCUGCCGGUGGAGUGGCGAAUAAUGGGGAUUUGUUGCUGUAAAGAUUUAGGAGAGGGUAAGAUACCUUGGUAAAUAUGAGGUGUAUCACACUUUUCAGAUGAUUAAGAUGCAACUGUUGCGAAUCGACGUUGGAAGCUUGACACCCGGUAAUGCCGCAGUGCUUCUUCUGUCAGUGUCAACGCGAGGUGCCCCAGCCAUCAUGGGCAUUAGGUUCAUCGUGGAGUCAGGUCGUAGCACGCAUCUUUCACCCGUCUGAAUCGAUCGGACAGCCG